AAAAGUUAGGUGUACCUACCAAUGAACACUAACACAUAUUGGUAGAAGAAUAUAGUUGGAAAAUUUGCGGAGGAAUUAUUAGAGAAACAGAAAAAUGGAAGGAAUUCCUCGAGUGAAGCUUGGAAGGCAAGGCCUUGAGGUUUCAAAGUUGGGCUUUGGGUGUAUGGGCCUCUCAGGAGUGUACAAUGAUCCUGUUCCCGAUGAGGUUGCCAUCUCUUUGAUCAAGCACGCAUUCACCAAAGGGAUCACCUUCUUUGAUACAGCAGAUGUUUAUGGAGCCCAAGGCAACGAAGUUUUGCUCGCAAAGGCGCUCAAAGACUUGCCUCGAGAUCAAAUUCAGAUUGCCACAAAGUUUGGGAUUGUUAGAAUGGAAUCUAAUAAUGUGAUAGUGAAUGGUUCCCCUGAAUAUGUUAGAUCCUGUUGCGAGGGUAGCCUCCACCGCCUUGGUGUAAACUACAUUGAUCUCUAUUAUCAGCACCGUGUUGACACUACAGUACCCAUUGAGGAUACUGUGAGUGGUGCCACUUCUGUUCUUGAUUUGGGGAUGAGAUUUUUUAUGGGAGAGCUUAAGAAGCUGGUUCAAGAGGGAAAGAUAAGGUACAUAGGAUUAUCAGAAGCUAGUUCUGACACAAUUAGGAGGGCACAUGCUGUUCAUCCCAUUACUGCUGUGCAAAUGGAGUGGUCACUUUGGACUCGUGAAAUUGAGCAAGAUAUCGUUCCACUUUGCAGGGAACUUGGAAUUGGAAUAGUACCAUACAGUCCCCUUGGCCGUGGAUUUUUCGGCGGCAAGGCUGUCAUAGAGAGUAUACCUGCAAACAGUUUUCUAGCGUUUCAACCAAGGUUACGUGGGGAGAACUUUGACAAGAACAAAAUCUUAUAUUCUAGGAUAGAGAAGUUGGCAGAGAAGUACGGGUGUGCAUCUUCGCAACUUGCUCUUUCAUGGAUUCUUCAUCAAGGAGACGAUGUGGUACCUAUCCCAGGAACAACAAAGAUAAAAAAUCUUGAUAGUAACAUCGGCUCAUUCGAAGUGAAGCUCAGCGAAGAUGAUUUGAGGGAGAUUACUGAUGCCAUACCAAUAUCUGAGGUGGCAGGGGAUCGGACUACUGAUGCAUUUGUUAAAUGUUCAUGGAAGUUUGCUAAUACUCCAGCUAAAGCAUAACUGGCUAUACAGUUAUACACCUUAAAUCUAGUUUUCGGUCUCUUUGCAUGUCUCUUCAAUUUUAUCGCAUCUCAACAAAAAACUAUUUGUUAUUGGUUCUAUUCGAAUCACUCGCCAAACUUACGUUGUAUGCUUUUUUCUAAUUAUGAUGUACAUGUUAAUUUAUCGCAUGAAGAGAGAGACUGUGUGAUCUGUAGCCAAGAUAUCCUUCAUUUUGCCGAAUCAUUGUUCAACCGAUGUUUCACUAUUAUUUUUCGGAGUUCAUUA